CCGGGCCGUCCGCACGCCGAUCUAGUCAUGCGCGAGUCCUCUUCGGUACCGCAUCGACCGACAAGAGUCGAGUGGGAUUAAACGCGCGAGUGUCGCGGCCGCGCUCGGCAGGCUCGCGAUACACUCGCUCAUUGACGCCCAGCGGCGCGCCGCCCGUACUCGCUCGCACCCCAUGUGUAUCCCACCCACUGUCCCAUUGACCCCGAUAGGCCAGCUGGAGAUGUUCUGCAGUUAAUCGCGACUUUGCUGUCCGCGCACACCGGCUGCACGCCGUGCAUCCUACAUACUGCCUACGACCAGACCACAAUGUCGCCGGUUAGACUGACAUCAGUCGUAGUCAAAUGACAAUAACUAGAUUAAAGUGUCGGGAGCGCUCAUGAGACAGUCGUGUCAUCGUUUGCUGGAACAUCAACACCCGGGAGGGGAGGAACCCCCUCUGUACUCACCCAUAGACCAAAUUUCAGUGGUACCAGACCAUGUGGGCCGGGAGGCCGGAGGCAAGCUGACACGAUAUGCGACGACGGAGGAAGACGAGACCACACUCAGGGAGCUACUACUUAGCCUACAGAGACAGGUGAGCAUAAUGAGCAUGAAUCUAUCCGCCAAACUGGAUGACCUGCAACGAGGGGACCGUCAGUUGGAGACGACGGUGGCGCUCUGCGAGAUCCGCACGCAGCUCCAGGAGUUGACCAAGAGCGUCGAGUCAUGCCAGAGUGAGGUCUCCGAGGUCAAACGUGACAUGGUCGCCAUCAAGCAAGAGUUGGACACGGUGCAGCAAGUGAAGGAGGAAAUCGAAGAGUUGCGUGAAUACGUCGACCGACUCGAGGAACACUCGCAGCGAAGGAAACUCAGACUGCUUGAACAGGGCCUUACCUUCUUCCUGUCGUACGCAAUCCUCGCUGCGGUGCUGGGUAUGCUGCAAUUUGGGUACAACACUGGUGUCAUCAACGCUCCUGGCAAGAACAUCGCAAACUUCAUGAAGGAUGUAUACAAGAACCGAUAUGGCAUGGACCUCCAAGACGACACGGUGAACAGGCUUUACUCUAUAGCAGUCAGUAUCUUUGCUAUUGGUGGUAUGCUGGGCGGAUUCUCGGGUGGCAUGAUCGCGAACAGAUUUGGAAGGAAAGGGGGCUUACUACUAAACAACAUUCUCGGGAUCAGCGGCGCGAGUCUGAUGGGGUUCACGAAAAUAUCACACUGCUACGAACUCCUCAUAUUCGGCAGGUUCAUCAUAGGAGUCAAUUGUGGGUUAAACACAUCAUUAGUGCCAAUGUACAUAUCGGAGAUAGCUCCUCUAAACUUGCGUGGUGGUUUGGGCACGGUCAACCAGCUGGCCGUCACCGUGGGACUACUACUUUCACAAGUCCUGGGCAUCGAACAGAUCCUCGGUACCGACGAAGGAUGGCCUAUCUUACUUGGUUUGGCGAUCUGCCCAGCGAUACUGCAACUAUUGUUACUACCAGCGUGUCCGGAGUCACCGCGAUAUCUACUAAUCACCCGCCAGUGGGAGGAGGAGGCUCGACGAGCUCUAAGACGACUACGGGCCAGUAAUCAGGUUGAAGAAGACAUUGAAGAAAUGCGUGCAGAAGAACGAGCGCAGCAAGCAGAAGCAUCUAUUUCGAUGAGAGAACUUCUAUGUUCUCCAACGUUACGCGCUCCACUACUCAUUGGCGUCGUCAUGCAGUUAUCCCAACAACUCAGUGGCAUCAACGCAGUGUUCUACUACUCCACCUCGCUGUUCACUUCUUCGGGCCUGACGGAUGAAUCUGCAAAAUUCGCGACAAUGGGUAUCGGAGCCAUCAUGGUCGGCAUGACCUUAGUUUCCCUACCACUCAUGGACCGCACUGGGAGACGGACGCUGCAUCUCUACGGCCUCGGGGGAAUGUUCAUCUUCUCUAUUUUCAUCACCAUUUCAUUUCUAAUAAAGGAGUUCUUCGGCUAUGUGCAGGAAAUGAUCGAUUGGAUGAGCUACUUGUCCGUGGUGUCGACGCUGAGUUUCGUGGUGUUCUUCGCGGUGGGACCCGGCUCCAUUCCCUGGCUCAUCACUGCCGAGCUGUUCUCGCAGGGCCCUCGUCCUAGCGCGAUGGCUAUCGCCGUAUUAGUUAAUUGGAUGGCCAAUUUCGUUGUCGGAAUCGGCUUUCCUAGCAUGAAGGCACUACUGGAAAACUAUACAUUCCUGCCUUUUAGUGUAUUCCUUGCAAUUUUUUGGAUAUUUACGUAUAAAAAAGUUCCUGAAACAAAAAAUAAGACCUUCGAAGAGAUUUUGGCACUGUUCCGGAAUUCCAACGGGAGGGACAGUUUUCGCGACAGCCGCCUCUACGGGAGUAUGAUGAACUGCGUGAACGCGUUGGAACAGCAGCUGCCACCCCCGCCUCCCCCCGCCCCCGUUGACGAGAAACACGAUUCGCGGUGUUCACAUUGUGCCGACAACACGUCACAUUGGCCCGCUGAUAUAUCGGCAGACUUCAAAAUUUCACUGAAAAGAAACAGCCGCUGAGAAGAAAUGGAAUAGGUUAUUAACUUAUAUCUAGGAUACUCUUGGGUUAAGUACCAUCAUUGCUCAUUGAGCCUAACCAGGUAUUGAUCGUAAGGCGUAGAACAAGCCAGACAAGCCCUCAGCUGUCAUAAAAAUGUUCUGACCUGUUCUUACGCCGUCAUGCAGUUAUUUACUAAACAAUAUUCCAUCCGCUUGCAAGACUAGGUCGUCUUCUAUUCCGAAUCAUCAGUCGACUUAAAAGCGCAAUAUAAGAUUACCUGACCACUGACUGAUGGUCAGAUAAGAAAAUGAUACCCCCUGAGUUACAUGCCUAUUGGAAAUAUUAAAACCUGAACAAAAUUAUCACUUGAGUCUCCCUCAAGGCUGCAAGUGAUAAACGUUCGAAGUUAUAAGCGCAUAUCUGACUGGUACUUGUAUCAUGUCUGAAUAUGUCUGGGAUACGUUAGUGCUGACAGCAUACUAAGCUCACAACAAAGAAUUCUUAGUAGAACCUGGAUGAAUUAUGAAUAGCGUUAACGUUGUUGAGUUGGAGUGCUGAGACGAGAGGGUCCUGAUGAUAACCAAGCUAUGCAUUUCAGUAUCGGAGCAGUCUUCGGGUGGGGGGGAGGCGGGCCGGCCGCCGCCGCCGCUGCCUCCGCCGAGGUUCCCCGCCACAGGCAAUGUCUG